GAAUCAAAUAAAAAGAAAACACAAUGAAACCUCUUCGAAUAGUUUUUCUCGGAACGAAUGGAGUUGGAAAAACAAGCACAAUCAGAAGAUUUCUUUACGGAACAUUCCAAGAAAAAACCGAGGAGACUUUAGCACAGUCCUACAAUGAAACCGUUUUUCUUCCAAAUGGGAUAUUCCAACAAGUUCACAUUCUCGAUACAUGUGGCAGUGACGAAUUUCCAGCCAUGAGGACAGUUAACAUUAAAACUGGAGAUUACUUCGUCGUGAUGUACGCAGUGGAUGACAGGAAAUCAUUUGAACAAGCUUUGAAUUUCUGCGAGGAAAUAAAAGAAAUUAAAGGAAAAGAAUUUAAAAGAAUCCUCAUAGUUGGAAAUAAAAUAGACAAGAAGUGUGACAGAGAAGUUUCUACGGACGAAGUAUUAAGGACGUCGAUCAAACACGACUUAUUCUGGUUUACAGAAACGAGUGCCAAACUGAACUGCAACAUGAGAUGCCUCUUUCAAAUUAUCUUAAGACAUUAUGUUAAAUCUGAUGAUUGUUUUGUGGAAAACAGAAAUGUUUCCAAGUGUAGAACGUACACUCCUAAUAGAUUCAAGCAUAAAUCUAGGAAAAUAUCCAUGCAAGAUUUAGUGUAUUCACUCUGUAAUACAAGUUGAAUA